AUGCUUAUUCUCGUCGCUGGCGUGACCGGGUACUUGGGUAAGCACCUUGCCCAAGUCGGUCUCGAGAAGGGACAUCAGAUCCGGGGCUUCGGCCGCUCGCCAGGCAAGCUGCCCGCCGAGAUUCUUGGAAAGCUGGAAUCCUUUGUUGAAUGCCAGUCAUAUGACGAGAGAGAAGCCUUGGACAGAGCAGUAGCCGGGGCAGAUGCUGUCAUCUGUUGCUACACUUCGCACGCAGACGCCGUCCUCGAGGCCCAGCUUAGCCUCCUGCGUGCCGUGGAGCGAGCCGGAAUCAAGGUCUACCACGCCCAUUCCUGGAAUGCGGACUGGACCAAGAUCCAUCACGGCGAUUUCGAGCAUUACGAUGCCUACAUUGCAUUCCGCCGACAGGCCGAGCUGACGUCACCCAUCCGGCCUGUAUAUGUCUUUACCGGGCUAGUUGGUGAAUUCGUGCUGAACGACCUCAUGGGGGUCGCGCACAUUGAAGACGACGCCGAUGGAAAGACCCUGAAGUACUGGGGAGACGGAAACGCCAAAUGGGACUUUACAUAUUUCGAGGAUGCAGCUCGGUUCAGCAUCGACCUUAUCUCGACCAACCAAUCCGUCCUGGCAGGGGAGGGUGGUUUCUUUAGCAUCCGUUCUGCCGAGGUGAGCGCCAAGGAUGUCGCAAAGGCCUACGAGACGCGCAGCGGAACAAAGUUGAGGCUGCAGUCGCUUGGGGGCGUCGAGGAACUCAGGACCUUGCUGAAGAAUGCGAGGGCUUCCACUGACCCUCGGGCGUACUUCACAUUUGCAUCCUACUACAGCCAGAUUGCAAACACUUUGGGAACGUGGAAGCUUGACAAUCCAAAGGAAGUUGGGGCAUCAGACGCCAUUGAUCGUCUUUUCAGCAACCAGAUCGAGAUCCCGAAAACGUACACUGAGUAG